CUACGUCUGUUAUUUUAUUUUGCACACCACUUCUCCUAUUUCCGGUUCAGAUGUUACGUCAAGACGUCAGUUUAACGUAAGAGAGCGUCGUGGAUACGGUCCGUCCGAUAUUAUCCUCCCCGACUGUCAGCGUGGAGCUCAGAAGGUUGCCGUGAAAAGCAUAAAAACAGUAAAUAUAUGCUGCUUUUUAACCGACAGUCUGUCACCGUGGAGUGACGUGAGACGGCAUUAGUAACCAUGGCAACAGAAGAGGGCCGUAAAGCCGAGUUAGAGGUCGGGUUUUCUGUAAGUGAUGAAGAAAUGAAGAAGUGGAUGUCGAGAGCUUUUGAAAUGCUGUGUGACCGACUUUGACUGAGUUUGUCGUUGCAUGCAGGCCAGAGAGGCUCUGCAGGGCGGCGAGGUUCCGGUCGGAUGCCUGCUGGUCCACAGACAGGAAGUGGUGGGGAAGGGCCGGAACGAGGUCAACGAGACCAAAAAUGCGACGCGUCAUGCUGAGAUGGUCGCCUUGGACCAGCUGCUGGACUGGUGUCGCCGUGGCAACCUGGACGUGAGGGGCGUGUGCGAGCAAACGGUGCUGUAUGUGACGGUGGAGCCGUGCGUGAUGUGCGCUGCAGCCCUGCGCCUCAUGAACGUCCCUCUGGUCGUCUACGGCUGCAGCAACGAGCGAUUUGGAGGCUGCGGCUCGGUUCUGGACGUCUCCUCUGCUGAGCUUCCUGACACCGGGACGACCUUCAGGUGUGUUCCAGGUCACAGAGCAGAGGAAGCUGUUGAGAUGCUGAAAACUUUCUACAAACAGGAGAAUCCAAACGCCCCGAAACCCAAAACCAGGAAGGACUGACCUGCAGAAAGCUUCAGCUCAGUUUUAAUAUUUAUUUACGUGUUGUAUUGUUAUUUUUUUAAAUUAAUAAAACCUGUUUAUAUUUUGGA